AUGGUGCAACCCAUGGGCUUGACCAAGCAGGGCUACGAGCAGCAGUUCGGCAUCAACCACAUGGGCAACGCACUGUUCGUCCGCAAGCUGCUGCCCCUACUGCAGCGUACGGCAGAGCAGGGCCACGAGGCACGCGUCAUCAUCAUGACCAGUCUUGCCUGGACGCAGGCCCGCAACGGCGGCAUUAUGUCUGAGGGCCUAAAAGCCGAGCAGGACAUGUUCCUGGGCAAAUUCAUGCGCUAUGCCCAGAGCAAGCUGGCCAACCUUCUCUAUGCCAAAGAGCUCGCACGACGGUAUCCCGACGUCACCACUGUCAGUGUUCACCCGGGCCUCGUCAUGACAGGCCUCAUAAACGGUCUUCCUACCCUAUACAAGCUGGUCAUUUCCCACGCCGGCAAGCAGAUCAAGCCCGAAGAGGGCGCUUGGUCACAGCUGUGGUGUUGUGGGAGCUCAAGUCUGAAGAUUGGUGGUCACUACGCAGCACCACCUGUUGGCGGGUUGUGUACCCAGACAUGCCAGUACUCGGAGGACAAGUUUCUGGCUGCCAAAUUGUACCACUGGACGGAGACUGAGCUUGCCCCUUUCCUGGAGUAG